CUAGGAAAACGCCCGGCUGGAGGCCUGUCCGUCCGCAGCCUGGGAAGCGGCUAACGCCUCUCGUCUCGGGGACCCGGUUGGGACUCUGGCUGAAGACCCGAACCCCCAAAGACAGGGAAGGAAACGGGGUGUGGGCUUGGGGGCUGAUGGCAGCAGCAGAGAAGGAAGAUGAGCUGGGGAAAGGCGCCCGCCGUGCCCAGCUUGAGUCCUGGCCACGGCCGCAUCCGCCGCAGGCAGCAGGGCCAGGCGCCGCUCGCUGGCCGCCAGCCGGGGGGAGGGGUCCGGCUCAGUGCGGUCGCGGCGGAGCCGGAGCUGCUUUCUGCUGCAAGACAGCAGCAGGCGCGGCCGGGGGCGGAAGUCCUUUGUUGCUGCAGCAGCGGGAAGAGGCGGCCGCCGCGCCGGGAGAACAGCGGAGGGGCCCUUCAAGCCCCUGCGCGGCGCUCUUCGAUCUCCCCAACUCACCGGCCUAGGCAGAAGCCUCGCAUCCAAGGUUUGGGAAGAAAUACCGCAGCUCUGCCCAGCUCAGUUAUUAGUAGGAUGUUGACAGAUUGGAAAGGAUGCAGAAGAGACCUGCAAGGAUGACAACAAAGUUUAGGAAGCGAGUCAGAUGAAGGAAAGCUGCGGGAACUGGGGCUGUGAUUCAAGCACAAGAUGGCCAGGACCAGCCACAGUAAUUAUGUCCUUCAGCAGCUCAACAACCAAAGAGAGUGGGGAUUUCUCUGCGAUUGCUGUAUUGCAAUUGACGACAUCUACUUCCAGGCACACAAAGCAGUCCUGGCUGCCUGCAGCUCUUACUUUAGGAUGUUUUUCAUGAGCCAGCAGCACAGCACUGCACAGCUGAACCUCAGCAACAUGAAGAUUACAGCCGAGUGCUUUGAUCUCAUUUUGCAGUUUAUGUAUUUAGGGAAAAUCAUGACAGCCCCAGCCAAUUUUGAGCAGUUUAAAGUGGCCAUGAACUCUCUGCAGCUCUAUAAUGUGCCAGAAUGUCUAGAAGACAUACAAGAUACAAACUACUCAGGUCUACAGUGUUCCUCUUCCGCUUCCAGCACCCAAAAUAGCAAAAUGGUCUUUGGCGUGCGGAUGUAUGAAGAGACACUGGCUCGAAGCAGGAGUGAAGCAAACAGGUGUGGCACAGAGCCGCCAAGUUCAACGGUAAGCACAUCCCAGAGUAGAGAGAUCAACGAUGAAGCUUUGCCGCUCAACAGCGUGUCUGAGCAACCUCUGGAGAGCUGCAAAAGGAGUGCCAUGCCCAAGCUCUCUAGCACCAAAGACCGAGUGUCUAACUCACGGCGCUUUGGGAGGAGUUUCACCUGUGACGGCUGCGGUUUCAGUUUCAGUUGUGAGCGGCUAUUAGAUGAGCACAUCAUUUCAUGCACUAAUAGGCAUUCAUAUCAGAAUGCUAGGUAUUACGGGACUGAAAAGAAAGAGGGUGGUGAGAGUGACUCCAGUAUUAAGAUGUCAUCUCCCCAGUUGGACAGAUACAAAAGAGAGGCUAGCCAAAUGACAGAUGGGUCUUCAUCCCCAGCACUGAAUGUAACAAGUGGAAAAGGUGGCACUGUCUCAUCAGAACCAUUGGGCAAAGAGCGAAGUCGAGCCACCAAGAGGAAAAGGAUAAUUGUGAAGAUGGAGCCGGAUGAUCACCCUGCUGACGACAUGAAAGAGUUUAACAUUAUCAAGGUGACUGAUGGCAACGAUUCCACCGACAACGAUGAGCUGGACGACGAUGACCCGGUUUACAGGUACUACAUUGAGGAAGAGGUCAAUGAAAACAGGAGUGUUCGAAAAGCUUUCUUAAAACCCCAUAUACCUACUGAUAAUGAGGCUAGGAAAUAUUUUAGAAGUGCCAGGACCCUUAACAACAAAGUCAGUGCCAUUGAGGAGGGCACAGAAAACGCAUCCUGUGAACUGUGCGGGUUGACAAUCACCGAAGAAGACCUCUCUUCUCAUUACUUGUCCAAGCACAUAGAAAAUAUAUGCGCAUGCGGGAAAUGUGGUCAGAUAUUGGUCAAAGGGCGUCAGUUGCAGGAUCAUGCACAGACCUGUGGAGAGCCCCAAGACCUAACUACCAACAGCUUAAGGAAUGUGGAGGAAAAAAAUGACUUGGAAGAGAGCCCUGAGGAACAGUCUGAAAUCCAAGAGAUGAUGUAUGUGGAGAUGCUAGAUGAGUUUGGGGACAGCCAUUUUCAGAUGAACAGUCUUCCGAAAAAACAACUCUACAGGGAUUCAGCUUGUCCUUUCCGCUGCCCUAACUGUGGCCUGCGUUUUGAAACAGAAAAUUUGGUGGUUGAACACAUGUCCAGCUGCCUGGACCAAGAUCUGUUCAAGAAUGCCAUUAUUGAAGAAAAUGAAAAGGAUCAUCGACGCAAGCAUUUCUGCAAUCUUUGUGGGAAAGGCUUUUAUCAGCGUUGUCACUUACGGGAACACUAUACAGUGCACACCAAGGAAAAACAGUUUGUUUGUCAGACAUGUGGGAAGCAGUUCCUAAGAGAACGUCAGCUGCGUCUUCACAAUGACAUGCACAAAGGCAUGGCCAGGUAUGUCUGCUCCAUUUGUGACCAAGGAAACUUCCGAAAACAUGAUCAUGUCCGGCACAUGAUAUCCCACCUAUCAGCUGGAGAGACAAUAUGCCAGGUCUGCUUUCAGAUUUUCCCAAAUAAUGAACAACUUGAGCAGCACAUGGAUGUUCACCUGUACACAUGCGGUGUCUGUGGUGCCAAAUUUAAUCUGAGGAAAGAUAUGAGGUCUCACUAUAAUGCCAAACAUUUGAAAAGAACAUGAAUACCUAUGCUUGUUGACAAAAACUAAAAACAAAAGGAACACCAAAGCAAAGGAAACAAUCGUGCAUAAAAGAAAUUAAAUGACCUGGUUUAAAUUUUAUUUUUUUUUAAAGAAUCUUUAAAUCACAUGCUUCUUCAUUUAGGCUGCAGUCCUGUACCCACUUACCUGGAAGUAAGUCCCAGUGAAUUUAAUGGGACUUUCUUCUGAGAGUUAUGGGAUUGCACUGUUAGGGUAUUAACGUUCAUAAAAAGCACCAAAUGAUUGCAUUUCUACUCUUGCCUCAUGUUAGUUUCUGUUUCUAAUUUUUUCCUUCCUGCUUUCUUAAGUAGAUGAAUCAAAUCUUAUUCUUAAACUCUAGAUUUUAAAAGCACACUGUAGUAUUACCUGAAUUACUGUCUUCUAUUAAACAGCUUCUCGGUUCCAUCAACAUAGGAUGUCUGCAUUUAUAUUUCCAUGUUUCCCCCCUUCAUAUCAACAUCUAGUUUGCAUAGUGCAGGGAAAUGCCAAAUUGUAUGUGCAGGCAUUGGAUAAUGGCAAGAAAUAAUCACUGGCCGCACCCCAACACAGAGCUUAGGCAUGCUUAGGCCUAUUGAAAUCAAUGGGCUGUGUGGAUUGUAGCCACUGGGUUUAUGACUUUUAUUCUACCUAUUGGCCAUCACUGACAUCUUGUUUGCUGUUUGAAUCUCAUGAUGUAUAGCACUUUGGUGAAUUUAAUUAAUUUUGUAAUGCUGUUUUGGGAUGAAAUGACAGAGAACACUGCACAUCUAAGGGAAUUCCCUGCGACCCAGCCAUUUUCUAGUUGUUGUUAUUAAUAACCUGAUAUUGAGAUAUUCUGCAACUGAAAAAUUGUGAUGUUGCAGCACAAGCACAUUGUAAGAUACAUAGAGUAUAAUCUAAAGCAGUCUUUCCCAACCUAGUACCACUAGAUGCUUUAGGCUACAACUCCCACCACUCUGCAGAUUGCAUAGCAAAUGGUUAGGGAUGGUGGACAUUUGCAGUCUAACAAUAUCUGGGGUGCACCAGGUUGGGAAAGGCUGGUCUAAAUAAAGGGGGAGAACUUAAGUAACUUUGCAAUCAAAGGAACUUUGGCACACAUUCACAGUACAAGCCAAGCCUAUGUCUACUCAGAAGUAAGCCCCACUGAGUUCAGUGGGGCUUAUUCCUAGGUAAGUGUGUACAGGACUGCAGUCUUAAUCACAUCCCAUUUAUUUGUAUAGGUUGUGGAGCCUCAGGCCACAUCUACACCAUUCAUUUAUAGCAUUAUACCACUCACAGUACUCUUAACAAACUAUAGUUCCCAGGAUUCUUUGGGGGAAGCCAUGAAUAUUUAGUCAUGAUUUCCCCCAAAGAAUCCUGGAAACUGUGAUUUUUUUUAAAGGUACUGACUUGUUAGGGGACCCCUCUUCCCCUUACAGAUACAAUUCUCAAAGUGGUGUAACAAUCAAUCCCUCUUUCCAAGGAUGUCUGGAAAUUGUAGCUCUUUGAGGGGAAUAGGGGUUUCAUUCUAAGUAAAAUGCAGCUUCAACUAAG